AUGGAGAACCAGACUUAUAUCAAUGGAUUCCUCCUGUUACCAUUUUAUGCAAAAUCAAAUUAUAUAUUGUAUACUAUAUGUGUAUUUGUCUUCCUAUAUACAUAUGGAGUGCUUAUUAAUGCUAUUAUAAUAACAGUGAUAUAUGUAGAUGCUCAGCUGCACACCCCCAUGUAUCUAUUUCUCUGUAACCUGGCCUUAGUAGAUAUCUGUUAUACAACCACUACUGUCCCUAACCUGCUGUACAUGUUACUAUCUGGAGAUAAUACAGUGUCCUUCAUACAAUGCUUCACCCAGAUGUACUUUUAUUUUUUGGCUGGUUCCUCAGAGAUUUAUCUAAUAUUCAUUAUGGCAUAUGACCGAUAUGUUGCUAUAUGUGAUCCUUUACACUAUCACACUAUUUUGAAUAGGAAACAUUGUCUCUUAUUGGCAUCUGGCACUUGGAUAUCAGGAUGUUUAAAUUCACUUGUGCUUACAAUCCCAGCAUCACAUCUGUCCUUCUGUCAUUCUCGCACCAUACACCAGUUUUUCUGUGAUCCUAAAGCUCUUAUUAAUAUCUCCUGUGCUGGCAGUGAAGAUGUUUAUAUUGUAAUCUAUAUGGAAUUAUUAAUGUAUGGAAUUUUACCAAUCAUGUUCUGUGUGACAUCUUAUGUAAAAAUUAUAAAGGUCAUCUUGCAGAUAAAAUCUAAGGAUGGCAGAAAGAAAGCCUUCUCCACCUGCUCAUCUCACCUCACCAUUGUCAUUAUGUUCUAUAUGACAGUUAUGUCUGUGUACAUGACACCUACAGCAGAAUAUUCAAAUGUCCUAGAACCAAUAUUUACUGUACUGUACUCAGUUGUAACUCCCAUGAUGAACCCUUCAAUCUACAGUCUACGGAAUAAAGACGUGAAAAGUGCUCUGCUGAGACUACUGGGCAGGGCCAUUUUAACAGCAGUGUAG